AUUUAAAAUCCACAAAACAAUUAUAUUCAGCUUUCAUUUAGCGCUACCAUGAAAUCAGUGGCGCAGAAGCUACGAUUCCUCCGCCGGAACCCGCCCUCUAAUUUCUCACUCAGGUGGACCUCUACAACCACCAAUGGUGGCGCCGCCCUAACCGAAGACGAGUUGAAAGAAAUCAACGCCGUCGUCCCGCGCCUCUGCUCCUCAAACCACCUCAAAGAGGCCAUUAACCUCGUCUCCGCCGCCCUCUCCGCCGCAGACCCUCCUCUCAGCUCACUCCCCCUCCCCUCCCUCGUAAACAGGCUCGCUGAGGAACCCGAUCUCACCCACCCCAUGCACUUUCUCAACGCCCUCAAGCACAACGCCGCCACCGGAAAACCCCAAUUUCUACUACCCGUCGCGAAAAUGUUCGUCUCCUCUUAUUUCCAAAAAGGCUGCCCGAAGUGCGCCGCCAAAAUUUUCCAGUGGGUAUCGCGGCCCGAUUUCCCCGGCGGCGCGGCCGAUGAUUUGGAGUUCUACGAUGCUCUCGUUGAUGGAUUCUGCAGGAAUAGGAUGAUUCUGGAUUCAAUUAGGGUUUUGAGGUUUAUGGCGAGUGAGAAUUUAGUGAUUGGGAGUGAAAUUAGGGUUUUGGUGUACAGGGGUUUGUUGAGGGAGGCUAGGGUUACAGAUGCAUUGGAGAUGAAUGCUGCAUUGGAUUGUGGUGGUACCCUGGGGAGUGAUGGUUGUACUUCCAAUUCGAAGGAGGUGGUCGAUUUAUUGGACCGGCUGAUCGCAAAUUGGGUCGAGUAAAAAAAAUGUGGUAUAAUUGCAGCGGAGAUUAUGCAUUACACAAGAUUAUUAAUACGUUGGAUAUGAAUCGAGGGUCUUUUGAUGCUUAACGAAUAACGAACAUUCAUUUUCCGAUUCGUUCUUUUUGCUUACUUAAAGUUUGAGCAGGCUUUUUUCAUUCAAAAGCUUUUGGACAACUUUCGCAUUAGUUGUCGAACAAAUACGCUGCAAAAGUUGUUCGAAAACUUUUUACGGGUUCGGAGGAUGUAUAGCAUGAACGUUUUUUAUGUGUUAUGGAUAUUAGUUUUUGUUUUGUUUC